CAUGCAUUGCGGUAAUGGCUACCAACGGGACUAAAUUAUUCUUUGUCCUAAUUUUUGAAGAUUUUUAUCAAAUACACAAAUAAGGACGCUUUUCCAUCCUGGAAGUCUUCAAUAUGUCAUCGAAAAAAGAUGACUUUUGGUGCUCUGAAUGCAGUAAGAGUGUACCUGGGAUGUGCAGGAAGCAUGGUGGUUUCCACCAAGUGUAUGACAAUGUCAUUCCCUCCCGAGCCAGACUGACGCUUCCUCAAGGGCUUGUCAUUAAGCCAGUCAAAACACAGGAUGGAAAACUAAGAUAUGGUGUGUUAGCCAAAAGGAUUGUUCAAGUAAAGUCACAGUUUGGGCCUUUCAUGGCAAAAGUUGUAUCGACUGAGAAAGCCAAACCAAAAAAGGAGAAAACUGAACAAGAAGAAAAAAAAUCAAAGGAGAAGGAAAUAACAAGCAAUGAAGAAGUAGUGACUGAGCUAUCUAGAGCCAGUUUGGAACAAAAGGUAGAAACCCCUAUAAGCUUACCUGCAGAAAUGACUCCGCUAGAGUCUCAACAAAACUUUGAUACUGGCACUGUUGUAGGUCACAAGGUGCUGGUGGACGGAGACCUUUUUGAGGGGAUAGUAUCUGACAAUCAGAGCAAUCAGCAGAUUGUACAGGUAGGUGUGUCUAGCUCCCAGACACUACAGGCAGGAUCCUUCUCUGAUGCAGAGGUCACACAAAGUCUGCAGUGUUAUCUGUCCACAGCCAACUCACUCACAGAUGUUGCCAAUGCCCUCCCAUCAUUUAAUAGUGGUGGCGAUAUGUUGGCCAAUCAAACACAGUAUGGAUCAGAGUUGAACCUGCAAACAUCGAUCGAGGCAGGUUUGCCAGUGACUGACGGUCUAUCUUCCAAUGCAGGUCUAAGUCAGUCAGCUGAGCAGCAGCUGACUCAGAUACCAAACCAGUCAUUUGAGACCCGCGUUACUGUAGACAGUGAGGGGCGAGUGGUGGUUGUGCCUGUAAAUACCCUACAUGGUCUGGUAUCAACACAGAUGCUUGUCAAUGAUAGCUUAACCCUGGGGCCCACACAGAACCAGUUGACAGAGGGCUUAACCGUGACAGCAACGGGUGACAGCCUUCUGGUGAACCCUGCAACAGGGGAGGUUUUGUCAGGACCUCACAGGACAAACACAAACUCUAUACCAGGCUUGAUCCAACAACAGUCAAGUGAGUUGAUGCCACACCAAGCUAGUGAACUGUUGCAACACCAGUCGGGUGAAUUAUUACAACAGAAUCCAGCUGAUGAGUUACUACCACAACACCAGUCCACACAGCUAAUAUCACAACAGUCGGGUGAGAUGGUGCUACAACCUGAUGAUAUGAUGCUGCAACAACAGCCGGCAGAGGUAGGUCCUGACGGGGACAAUACCAAGGAGUUACAGGCAUCCCAGACUGAAGGAGACCAGACAAAAACACAGGACUCCACAGGCAAACAGGCAGAUACUGCUGAGGUGCCUCCAAUCAUAGUCAACACUGCAGCUGAACAAGAGUAUGAACUCAAGGUGUUUAGGGAAGAUGGUUAUGUGGAUACCCUUGACUUUACUGACGAGGAUAAGUGCAACUGGAUGAUGUUUAUCCGGCCAGCGAAAACAGCUUCUGAACAAAACCUAGUGGCUUACCAGUUCCAGGACUACAUAUUUUAUGUUUCUACAAAGCCAAUUCCAUCUAACACGGAGCUGAAAGUGUGGUACUCCGCAGAUUAUGCAGAGAAGAUGGGCAAAGAUAUGCUUCCUGAUGACGAGUCUCCCGAGGGAGCAGAAUUCCCAGCCAAAUGGGUGUGUUCAGUGUGCUUUGAAGGGUUUAGCACAUUUGCUGAAUUAGAAGCACACAUGUGCCCAGGGGUGCCUCCUGGCGGUAAAAGACUGCGAGGAAGGCCAAGAAAAGGAAGACCAAGAAAAUAUGUUAAACCGUCCAAAACUUGGAGAGCACGACUUGACAAGGCUCGUUUGUCGAAAGCAAGAGUUCAGGAUCCGAUGGUACCUAAUGUUCCAAGAAAGAGAGGUCGGCCGCCGAAGAUCAAGCCAGCAGUGAUGGUUGUUGAGAAGCCUGCCUCACCUGAGUUGGAAGAACCUAUCCAAUUUAAUGAAACAGAGGAUCUAGAGGAACCAACCACAGAUCAACUUCUAAAUGACAUCCUUGGAGUUGAUGAUGAUGACGACGAUGAUGAUGACGAUGAUGAUGAUGAGGAGCCUAUCAUACCUAAAAGGAGGGGUCGUAAACGAAAACUUUUGAAAAUUCCAAAGCCAAAAUCUCCGAGGGGUCCAAGAAGGGAACCUAUGACAUGCCCUUAUUGUGCCGAGAAAUUCACCAAGGAAGCAAUUUAUGUGAUACAUGUUGCUGAACACACAGGCAUUAAGCCAUUUAUUUGUGAGGAUGAAGACUGUAAAAAGGGUUUCAUGUCAAAGUUCAAACUUGAGCGGCAUCGUCUGAUACACACCUGUCCACGUCACCAUAAGUGUCCUUACUGUGACAAGUCCUUUAACCGCAAGGACCAUCUAAAGAACCAUCUCAUAACGCAUGACCCAAACAAGAAACGCUGGGUUUGUGAGGAAUGUGGUAAGGAAUAUUCGUAUAAUUUCUCCUAUAGGACACAUAAAGCCUUCCAUGAUGCCGAGUCUGGGAGGACAACCGAGUGUGGCAUUUGUCACAAGGAACACGAAACACGCGAGGAACUGCUCUAUCAUCUCAAAGUGCACAGUGGUGCACGGUCUGUAAAAAACUGCUUAGAAAAAACACACGAGUGUAUAGACUGCUGUAAAAAGUUUUACACCAAAAAGGAUGUACGUAGACAUAUGAUAACACAUACAAAGAAAAAAGAUUUUUUGUGUCAACACUGUCCACAGCGGUUUGGUCGUAAAGAUCAUCUCACACGUCACUUGCGGUCAUCUCACUCUGGAGAUAACCCUAAUGCCAAGCCGCCACGUGCCCCCCGGGGGGAGAAGAAGGAGCGACAAGUCAAACACUACGAGAGGAUAGAGCAAGCUGUUGCCAUGCCAACUAUGAGGGAGGAGCCAGCUGUGCUUGUCACCUCACAACCUUCACUUAAUAACCCAUACCCUAUACAUGCAAUACCAACAGAGAACAGAGAUGUACCUCUACCCAUACACCUGUAUGAAAAUAUUAAUGCCCAACCAGUUAUCACUAUGGCAACAAUGACCCAACAGCAGCAACAACAGCCAGCUCAGAUGCAGCAGACUUUGCACAUAGCACCAGCCAAUCAAAUGCAGGUUGAGAGAUAUACUGUGGAAGUGGGUAAUCAAGGAAUCCGACAUGUCAACGUGAACCAGACAAUGGAUGCAGGAGUGAUUGGGGGCAAUGACUACCGAACAAUGCAACACCAGGGUACAACUAUGUACCUGGCACAACCCCAACAGCACCAUAUGAUCGCCAACAAAGAUGCUAACAUGGAGCUGGUACGCACCAAUGGGGUGCUAGACCAGGUCCAGUACCAGCCAGUCCGCGAACAAGGAACUCGGCCCACUGUCCUACAGACAUCGGAUGCAAGACAGACACCCUCUGCACAGACCUUCUCCACACUUCUUGGCUACAUGGAGACCCUGAGGUUCCUAGAGAACCUGCCGACCAACACCCAGGGAGGGGUUAUACAGAUGGAGACCACACACACACCAACCAUGGUACCCAUACAAACUAUGCCCUAUUCCACUAGUGCUACCCCUAACCUCGUGGCACAUCCAACUGAAAUGCAAAAAAGGAUGCCAGUUUCUCAUCACAAUGUUUAUCAACAGGGUUCAUGAUUGACUGACUUGGUAAUUUGUAAGCAACUUGUUUAUCAGUGUCACUUGCAUUUUACAUGUUACUAGGCUUGUCCAUGUUAAUGUAUUGGAGAUGAUGUGUGCAUUAGAACUUGGUUUUAAUAUCAUUGAUAAAACUGGUGCAGAAAUAUUUAUAGCUACUACAGUUUAAGAUUGAUUAUAUAUAUUAGUUAUAUAUAUUUUAUGAAAAUUAAUUAUUUUAGCUUUAAUCUCAACAUUGGGAUUAAUAUAACAAUGUUUUAGCAGUUAAUGUACACAUGUAAAAUGCAGAAAAUUAUGUUUAAACUGUGCCUGGCUCCUUCACUGGUAAACACAGCCUUUACACUCAUAUACACAUUUAUAGAACAAUGCAGUCUGAUUUAUCAUUAAUCAAUUUAUUACACCUCCAACAACAAUGGGAAGGAAAUGUUGUGUUGGAAUCGGACUGUCUGUCUGUGUUACCAUAUGCUUGUAAUUAUAUAGAUUUAAACACAAUUCUGAGACUACUUCUCCUCAGAUACUGCAUAGAUUUCAGUAAACCGUUGUUCGUUUUAUCAACAUUUGAAAAACAGUUUGUUAACCAUGCAGUCUUUUAUUGUUUGACCAUUAUUCUUUUUGUGUGCAGAGUUAUGCCCCUCUACAUAAUACACAUAUCCUGGCUACUUCUAUAUAAGUGCUGCAUCAAUUGAAUUCAGUGAAACUUUGUCCCCUUAGUCAUUAUUUUAAUUGGUUGUUAACUUUCCAAUUUCUGUUUUUAUUUGUAAAUAAUAUUUUCAGAAAUGUUCCUUAACUUAGUCGUCAGGCAAAUUCUUAUCACUUUAGUCUUGGGAUUAGGAAGUAUUGCUUAUAAUCUUACGGAUUUUUUUAAGUUUCAGACAUUUGUGAAACUUGGGUCAGUAUUCUGGUUUGUUUGGUGUUAUGAAUAUUAUUUAAUAGAGUAAUAUGAUGUACUUAACUGAUUGUUCAAAAAGUUCAUUGUGAUGUUAAAAUUAAGAAAAUAGAAGUGAUGCUAUAGACAUGUAUCAAAACAAUGAUCUUAGUCAUGAAAAAUAGAAUAUUUUGUGCCAUAUUGUCUUGAUAGUGAAAUAAAAGUGAUCUUGAAUUUAUUUUUGUUUGGUAUAUAGGAGAUUCAUGAAAUUCUUUCAAAAAAAUAACUUCUGCUAAAAAGCACUUCUGAAUACAUGUUGUAUUAAGUAGAAAGGAGAUUUCGUGUCGGUAAAUAGAGGAAUUGUUAUGUGUAGAGGUAAAGAUUCCCAGCCCAUAAAUCAUAAAAAUUGGUUACUGAUUGUAUGUACUUACUCAGCUCAAAAAUCAUAUUGAUUUAAAGGACUAUAUUUCCCAAAACAUUAAUUGGAAGAGUUAAAUAUGUACAUUAUAAAUUAGUGUUAGGAUAUCAUCUCUUGACUUUAAACUGUGGAUGAAUUGCAAAAACAAUAACACAUUUGGAAGGAAAUAUGAAAUAUAAAAUUUUAUAAGUUCAUAUGUUUUGAGAGUUUUGAAAUUUCCAGAAAAUUUCACAGAAGACCUACUAAUUCAGUCCUUUAUAUAUAUGUCAAGCUGUAUAUAUAGUCCAGUGAUAUGUUUCACUGUUUACUUUCACAUGUACCAAUAUCACUAAAAACAUGGAUGGCCAGUUAGUAGCAGGUUUCUUUUGUAAUGUAGGUCUGAACACUUUGAUUCCAUAGUUAAAAAACAUUAGUCCAGAAAAAAUUAAUGUACAUCAUUUCCUGAUCUAUUUAUGCAUAAACCUGAGAAAUCAAGCUAAAUAAAUUUUGACCAGGUUCAUUGUUCUAUACCAGUGUGAAGGUAAAACGAUGAUUACUAAGGUAUUGUUUUUAUCUUCGGGAGGAAACUUCUAUGUUCGUCAUGCAUGUAAUCUUGUGUACAUUUUCAGAUAAAUUUUGAAAGCAAUGAAUUACACUCACAUGUACAUUAUAUUGAGCAUCAAUGAAGAAAUCUUUUAAGCAUUUUAGAUCAAGUGUCACAUGUAGAUACACAUUGCUAUGGUGGCAUUUGAUGUAAAGCUAAGAAUGAUGCAUGGAAUUGGGGGAUGGAGAUCAUGUACUGAUGUUUUGUUGUGAUGUAAUUGAUUUACUCUGUAUAGAAGGCAUAUUGCUGAUGAGAGUUAGAAGUCUGCUUGUACAGAGGAGAAUUAUAUUAUUGACUAAUGAAUGUAAAAUGUGUAGCUGAAUGAAAACAAUUUAAGCCAACAGAAACAAUAACCAUAAUUGUUCCAACCAUUCACAGAAUUAUCUUUUUUUUUACCUGUUCAUGAAUUUCUCACCCUAGGGUAUCUUUUGUCAGUCUGUACAGUAUGAUUUCUCACCCUAGGGGGUAUCUUUUGUCAGUCUGUACAGUUUGAUUUCUCACCCUAGGGUAUCUUUUGUCAGUCUGUACGGUAUGAUUUCUCACCCUAGGGUAUCUUUUGUCAGUCUGUACAGUAUGAUUUCUCACACUAGGGUAUCUUUUGUCAGUCUGUACGGUAUGAUUUCUCACUCUAGGGUAUCUUUUGUCAGUCUGUACGGUAUGAUUUCUCACCCUAGGGUAUCUUUUGUCAGUCUGUACAGUAUGAUUUCUCACCCUAGAGGGUAUCUUUUGUCAGUCUGUACGGUAUGAUCUCUCACCUUAGGUUUGGCAGAUAGAACAUGAAAAGAAACAAUAGGAUGUCAAAGGAACAAUCACUGACGCUGCAAUCGGUUCUCUACAGCAGUUGUCAUGUGUAAUCUGGAUGAACACAUAACAACUACUGAAAAUGGUUGCUUUCAAAUUAGUAAAUGACUGAUUCGAGGAAAACAAUCCUCCCUUACCUAAAGAUGUGAUGGAGAAAUCUCCAACAUGGAGGUGAUGUUUUGGUUGUUUUACCCUCCGUAAAGCCUUGGAAUGGACGACCAAAAAAGAAUCAUCUUUUUCAAGUCAGCAAUUUCUCUGUCACAUCUUCAAGGAAGAGAAAGAUUCUAUCAGUAAUCAUGAUUUCUUGUAUAUGUUGUAAUAUGUUGGUGCAGUGAUGAUACAUGGUCAGUGUUGAAAGCAUCUGGCAGUGUUGUUGAGAAAGAGUAUUUUAAUAUUUAUUGAGUUACCUCCCCUUCAUGCCCAUCCAUGCUCCAUAAUGUUUUACCCUGCAAAUUUAUUGUAAGAUGUUAGUACACUCCAUGCAAACCUUAGUCUCUGCCCUCAGAAGUCAGUCUUUUACAGUAUAUUUCAACACUUAUUCUUUCAAUAAAUUGUUAUAUAGAUAAAAAUUUUGAUGGGAACAAUUGCUGAGGUUAAGUUACUAUUGUGAUUGACUUUCAGUGUUCACCCUUGAAAAUGUGUGACUUAUUAUGUGGAUUACUCGAUGAAGCAUAUGCAUGUAGAAAGAAUGAAUAUUAUUGGGAAAUGCAUUUGUAUAUGAAUAAAUACAUGUUUAUUUAUAAAAUCAUGCGUCAUAAAAGAUUAUAUGUGUGUUUAGAAUUAAUUCCCAAGCUUAAAAAAAAUGAAAGGAAGGAUCAUUUGAACAUGAGGUUAAACAGAAAAAUUAAAAAGAGUCUUUUUGCAGAUUUCUUGAGAGGGCUUUAUAUAUUGAAAAACAACAAUUUCCCCAGUCCUUGGACUAAUUUCUGGUUUAUGUGUUUGAUACGAUGCAUAGCAAUAUCAAGUUAUUUUUGUGUGGUGCCUGAACUCUACAUAUUUACUUGUUUGCUUGAAUGAAAAAAAUGUGUGCCAACAUGUUGUCAUGAAGAUUAUGCCAUUAAUCACUUGGAUUGUUUUAUGGAGUCGCACUAUUACACAUGUCCAUAUCUAAAUGGAGAUAUUUACAAUAUAUGGUAUACAUGUGUGAUGGUACUGUAUAUGUUGAACUUGCAGUUUUUCUCUGCUCUAUUGCUAUAACUUUCCGAGACAAAUAUGUUGCUUUAGUUGUUUGUCCGUCCAUCUGUCCAUCAAACAAGAUAGUACCUUACAAUACUUUUCAACAGAUGGCUUUGACCGCAGAGUUUGUACAUUAUCCAUAAUAUUAUUUUCAUAAUCAUGAGAGAAAGAACAUUUAUUAGCAUCUACUUGGAGAGGGUGUUCAUUUUGUAAAUAAAUUAGUUACUGUAUCAAUGCAUUAUCUCCAAUCAUGCUGUUGGUGUAGAUUGUCACUUGUUAAAGAUGUUUUAGGUCAUUUGAGAUGACCAUUGUCCUGCCUCAUGUCCCCGUACAUUUGUUGGGUAGUGAUGGCCACUGUUAAUUAUAGAAUGUUAACACCGAGAUGGAAUGUAACCUAGAAUAAUGUAUUUCUGAUGUAAGAUCAGAGCCAUCUCUGUUCCUGUGGAGGGUUUAACCUUUUCAGAAUAAAACAAAUAAAAACAUC